CAGAAGGUGAGGGUGUGCCCUGGCUGGGAGCUGCCCGGGUGCCGGCGAUCACCUGCGGCUGAAGUGAGUCUCGGAUGGGAAGUAGGAAGUGCUGUGCUCACGCUUCCUGUACAAAUAAAUGCAGCUUUCCCACAGCCACUGCAUGCGGGCUGUGAGGCGCGGGUAAGAUAUAAUGGCAGCACGCACUUAAUAACAGGGAGGGGAUGAUUUCUCGGAGUGGCACAGGGGCUGGGAGACGAGCCCUGCUGCAGCCCUUACAAGUGUUCAGCUGUCAGAGAGCCAGGGACGAGGAAGGACGUGUGAGAGCAAUCGGCUCCGCUCCUCGCUGCGAGCUCCGCGGCUCUGUGGCAUCGUGGUUCUUUGGGAAUGCCCGAGUCAGAGUGCAGCCACUGAAAAGUCACACAGCUGGCAGUGAGCGCUACUCUCCUUUCAAGGCUGAGUUGCACCAUUAAUGACUGAAUGGGCUCUGCUGAGAAGGCUUGUCCUGACACCAUGACAGCUGAUGAGUCAGAAGCUGGAGAGUUAGCUCUGGAGCCUCUCCUCACGUGCAAGCUAUGUCUCUGUGAAUAUUCCCGGGAUAAGAUGACCACUCUUCAGGAAUGCAGCUGCGUCUUUUGUACAGCGUGUCUAAAACAGUACAUGGAGCUGGCAAUUCAAGAAGGUUGUGGUUCCCCUAUCACAUGUCCAGACAUGGUAUGCUUGAACCAUGGGACCCUACAAGAAGCAGAGAUUGCCUGUUUGGUUCCUGUUGACCAGUUUGAGUUAUACAAGAGGUUGAAGUUUGAACGAGAAGUCCACUUGGACCCCCAGAGAACAUGGUGCCCCACAGCCGACUGCCAAACCGUGUGCCACAUCGCACUGAGCGAGUCGGGAGCGCCGGUGCCAGUGGAGUGCCCCACCUGCCACCUGACCUUCUGCUCCUCCUGCAAGGAGCCGUGGCAUGGGCAGCACCUGUGCCAGGAAAACCAAAUUACUCCAGUACCAACUGAGCAGGGAUUCCUUAUUGGAGCAGAGACAGAGGCACCAAUUAAGCAGUGCCCAGUUUGUCGAAUUUAUAUUGAGCGGAAUGAGGGCUGUGCUCAGAUGAUGUGCAAGAACUGCAAGCACACGUUUUGCUGGUAUUGUCUACAGAACUUGGAUAAUGAUAUUUUCUUACGGCAUUACGACAGAGGCCCUUGCAGAAACAAGCUGGGCCACUCACGGGCUUCAGUGAUGUGGAACAGAACACAGGUUGUGGGGAUCCUCGUUGGACUAGGUAUCAUUGCGUUGGUGACCUCCCCCUUGCUGCUUGUGGCAUCUCCAUGCAUCAUCUGUUGCAUUUGCAAAUCUUGCCGGAGCAAAAAGAAAAAACCCAGCCUGCCGACAACCUAAAACUCUGUGUCUUUUUGAGUCUCCAUCUGUACAGCAUAAUUUACAUGGGGUGGCGGCAAGAACCCUGAUAAAAAGUUAUUGAAACCAGGCUAAGCCAAGCCCUCCUUCAAAACCUUAUGGACCUGCUGAAGUGAAUACUUGAGAAAUGCUGUGUAAAUGUGACCUCCGUCCAUUGGUGGGUAUUUCUUUUGUCCUGCUCAAGGUCAACAAACUCUGUUACUGAUAUUUUUUAGUUACUCUAAAUCUGGAAAGCUGUCAGUUAAUAAGUGCUUCAUUUUAAUUUGGUGCCUCACCACCAAACCAGUUCAAACCCUGGUAUCAGUUACACAUGUAAAAGUUCACUGAAAGCUCACUGAAGAGCUGGAAUUACUGCAGCUCUUCAGUCAGGAGUAGCUGAGAUCAGACUCUGCUCCCUGGAAUUUAUUUCCUUAAUGGAUGGUGCUCCUCAGAACCAGGGCUGGUGGCGCUUUUGUUCUGGACUCCCGUCUGUGCAUUCUAUAUCUGUGGGAGCAGAUUCAAGUUUGCACUGUACAAUUGGUUGUAAUUCCAAACCCCUUUCCACAAGGGCUGCAGGGUUUGAAGGAGAUGCUCGGCCCGAGCGCGGUGUUGGGCUGGCGCUCCGCCCGGCUGCGCCUCUCGGAGCGCACAGCGCGGCUCAGCCGGGAGUGCUGCGAGGGUGCUGUGAGUGCUGCCUGUGUGUGCUGCUUGGCCGAGCCUCAGGAACUUUGCCUUCUUGGCAGCUGUAAAUGUGACCUUUUUUCUGUUUAACUUAGCUCUCUGGUUACUGUAACAAAAGUGGCAGGUUUUCUUCUUUUGAGAAAGUGUAGUCUGUUGAGCAGACUAGCAAGGACAGAGGCCUUAAAUGAUAUUGUCUGUUUUACUUUUUAAUUGAUUUCUUUUGUAAAUACUGUCUGACUUUGCUAGCAGUCGUGGCUGGAGGGCAGGCAGUGCUCGCCAGUGUGAAAGGCUGUAUUUAUUCUUCAUCCUCAGCUUUGAAGGGAAGCAGAACGGUAGACAGUACAUUCUAAAUACAGAGUGCAAUGCAGGCAACUGCCAUUUAUAAUAAAUAAAGAAUGUUUUCUGUAUGUGUUUUCUUGAAGAGCACUAAUGGUAGUGCUUUGGGGUACUUGUGACAGAUUAAAGUGUCCAGCCCUUGGCUUUGCACUAUUUUUCUACCUACGUUUUUAUGGCACUACUGUCAUUUCCAUUUUAUUUAUGAACUUGAAGUUGCAAGUCUUACUUUAACAAAGCCUCAAGGACAAAUACGUAGGAGCUGUACAGUCUCUUUAACCAUAACCAGCAUUGCAAUGUGCUUUGCAUGUUAAAAUUCGAGCGUUUUUCAUGUUUUGUGAUCUUACCCAUGACUGAUGCAUCCUUUACUAGUCUGUUUUCUUUCCUUGUCUUCUCCCUCCUUCUGUUGGCCUGUUUUUGCUAAAAUGCCUAUUGGAAUGAGGGUGGCAGAUCUCUUUUUCAUUAACACUGCUGUGUUAAUGAAACUGUCAGGUUCUCCCUCUGCUAAAGAAAGGCAGCUGAAGGCAGCUCUCUUGCACCAGUUUAGGUGCCUGGUGGGCAUAGCAAAACUGGCAUAAAUUAAUCAUGCAGGAGUUAACACAGCCUGGCAGUCUCAGUGCCAGUCCAGGCAUCUAAGAAAUCUAGAUGUGGAUUGGUAGCCCAAGCUUUUGCUGGAGGUCUUUACACAAAAACUGGAUAAGGAGAACACGAGCUACAGGCACCCCUUCCUUUGGCUGUGUAGGUGCAACAAAUGGACCAAGAAAAGCUCUAGACAUCUUAAGAGCUCAAAAUUAAAGCUUUACAACAUUGAUUUUUUAAAAAAGGUUGUAUCCAGUGCCCCAUGUAUCCUGGCUUUUCAUUGCAUGGGAAUACUUGAGCAUGUGCAUUAAGUAGACCCUGGCCUGGCUGAGUCAAGCAAUACCUGUGCUGAAGUGCUGGGAGCAGGAAAGCCCUGAUGCUUUGUUUUCCAGAAGGCAGCUAUUUUGCACCAACUGGCUCACAGAGUUUCCAGAUAAACAUUUUAGCAGGAAUCUUUUUACAGUGUUGGCUUUUGCUUUUGUGUUGCUUUGGUUUGUUUUUUAAUUUUGUAAGAAACAUUAAAGUCACUUUAUAAAAGAUUUCUUGACAGCAUGACAGAUAAUACUAGUAAUAAUUAGGGAGAGUGAAAGAAGACAGGACUCUGACUACAUCUGACUCUUCUUAAUCAAGGUAUCUGUAAAUCCACUCUCCUGAGCUCCCUCUGUGCGAUGUAGUUGGUGCACAUCACCAACUACCAGGCUUCACUGCUCUUCCCAUCUCCCUUCUUGCCCUUUUGGCAGGUGGCUGGUGUGGGGGCAGCAGCCAGGGGAGAGCCCAGGGCUGUGGACGUGCAGGUACCACACAGGAGCAAUUGCCCACCCUGGACUCAUCACCAGUUUGUUUUUGGGCCUUUAACCACUGGGAAACACCUUGGGGGUUUUGGGCCUUUAAUGGUACACUGAGAGCAUUCACAGAUGUGUCUCUUGGAGAACAGAAGUGGAAAGUACUCCAUUCCUUUUGAACCAGGGGCAUUCGGACCUUAUGAAAAUUUGGCUCUCAGUGUUUAAAGGUCAGCUCCUAAACUUAAGAGACCAGAGCUAGAAAUCUAGAUUUGUACUGCAUCUGGCCACAAAUCUCCAUGGACACAUGUCACACCAUUUCCCAUCAGUCACUGGAUCUGUGUCAAAUACAGCUGAAGAUCCCAUUCAGAAUUUCAUGUCCUUGUGUUAAAAUGAGCAUGAUGAUACCUGCUCCCAAAUCCAUCUCUUAAUAAAAAGAAGAUACUUGUCAUGCUACAGCAUAAGUGCAUCUCUGCAGUAUUUAUUCCAGAGCUAUAGUGGGUGCUCAGUGCUGCCCUUCAGUAAGUGAUGGUUUAUUUUUGGUGCAUGGGGUUACUUCCCCCAAAGUAGGGCACAAGGGGUAACAAUAAUGAAUGUUUCUCAGUGCUUUAAUGAUGCUAAAUGCUACGUCUUGUUGUCUGUCCAGUAACACAGCAUGAAGUCCAAAGAUAUGUUUAAAAUGUACAAAAGUUUACUUGAAUGAACUAAGAGAAACUGGAUAUUGCCUCCAUAUUUGCAUGAAGAAAUAAAUACAAGCGGCCAGGUACAACUGCGUUUCCACAAUGGGACAAUAAAAUCAAUUCUUGGCAAGUCCAUUUUUUGGUACCACAAUGGGUGGUUGUGCUGUAGUGCCUGCUGCUUUAAAAUUUUGAAAUCUGUUUUGCACUGUAAUCUCCUUCUCCCAGUCAUUCUUUCUCAAAAUAAUUCCUUAUGAUCUUAUUUUUCAUCCUGUAUUUCAGGCCAAAGAGUCUUAGAGCAAAGCUAGUAGAUUUCUUUGUAUGAGGAUAAAAAUCUUCCAGCCAUUUUCUCCCAGGUUUUAAAAAGAAAUUUGAUGCUGAGUUACCUGACCAAAGUUAGAAAUUCCAGACUUGGCUUGUUUAGAAAAACUUAUUGAGACUUAAGAAGUUCUCUUUUAACACCUAAAUAAGGGCUGCUUUGUUAGAGCAAAUAGAUAAGGGAGCCAUGCAGCUUUUGAGCUUCACAGAGGAGAUGCUUCUGUUGUUAAGCAGACUUCUUUGGAAACGUGCUUGGGGGAAAAAAAGCCCAAAACCCCUAUAUCCUGUAUACAUAUUUUUAUUAUAUAAAUCAAAAAUGCUUAUCUUGUAUAGAUUCAUAAUUUAAGAAUUCAAGCUCUCUGGAGGCUUUCUAGGUUACACUUACCCAGGAAGAUAAUCUUAUAAAUAUGCUGAGGCAGUUGAACAGAGUGUGCUAGUUAUAAAACAGUUGUCAGACAUCUCUCACACAUGAGUGUGUAGGAUGAGAUUAUAAUUUACAUGGCUCGAAAUAAAGAUGUGAAAAUUUACCUUUCCUGGAACAGCAAGAGUUGGUUCUUGCAUUCUUCUGGAAGGUUAACUUACUGCUAAGACUCUGGAGAAUUUCAGUCUCAUUUUAAUUUGUACUCUAGUUAGCAAAGUAAUGAAGUGAGAGCUGAAUGGUGUUGCUGAACACAAAGCCCAAAGGUCUGUCUUAUGUCACAACACUCAAGUUUCUCAUAACUAAUGUGGUUUUAUAAUUUAUUAUUAUAAUUUAUGCAAUGCAAAUAUAGCUUAUAAUUAGUAAUUAUAAAAUACUAAAGAUGAAGUAUCAUUGCCUUUAUCAUAUGAUAUUUAUUUUAAUUGCAUUCAUACUGGAAGGCUUUUCUCUUCUGCUUCCCGUAGAGAAGGUCAUGUGCACCUGCAAAGUAAAUUUCUGUGAUAUGGUGCAGUCCACAGUAAAUGUUUCCUACUGUUUUGUAGUUAUAUCAGAGGGUUUUUUAUGAUCCUUCAAGUUAGUUCUUUGAGUCGAGCAAAUUUCUAUUGUUAGGAAAGGUGAUUUCCUAGCAAUGAAUUUUAUUGACCAUCACAAUCUGAGCUAUAAAAGAUGAUACUGAUUGACAAGGUCCACCAGCUCUUUCAAGGACACAACCUCAUUCUUCUCCCUUCUUCCCAAGAAACUUUAUCUUUUCUUGGAUGAAAAUUAAGGAUGUCAGUAAUUUGCUUAUGCCUUCUGGAUGUCCAGACAGAAGCUGCAGCUUCUGGUGGCCAUGUGCCAGGAGAUCCCAGACAGGUUGAAUGUACAAAGCUGCAGCACAUGUGCAGUGAGUUGCUUAAAUUUCAAGAAGGUGCCUGAGCUUUACAGCUUCCUGGGGCCCAUGCAGGAUGUGGUGGAUGUGGUGCACAAGGGACUCGGCCAGGUGAGGCUUUGAGUGUCACCAGCUCUAUGGCACAUGUUGUGCUGGGCUGUCUCCCCGUGUUCGAGUGUAUCCCGGAUCUUCAUCGGGGGCCCUGUCUCAAGCUUGCCCUUUCCAUAGCUACCUGCCCACCUCCAAACCACCCCAGAACCCAGAGCAAAUCCGUUCAUUUUCCAAGUCUCUCGCUGCUGGUCUGGUCCAGUUUCACAGAAGCUUCAGUUCACAUGAGCUAUUUGGAGCUCAGCUGGUCUGAUCAUUGACUUUUCCCUAAUGAGCAAGGCUUGGGAAUGAAGAGAAGCAGAACUGUUCCAUACGCUGGUAUUGGCAUCACAGGCACCAAGGGUCACUGUGUGAGACCUCUUUUGACUGCCCCAGCAUUGCUUAUUUCUGAAAAAAGCCUGUGUUUAAAAUGUGUGUACAUAGAUGUGUCCAAGUCUGACACUGGGUGGGUUUGUGUGCGUGGUGUGAGACAGCAGCAGCCACAGACCCCUGUCCUGCCCCUCGCAGAUUUUACCUUCUGUUUAUCUGGGUUUUUUGGUUUUUUCUUUUCCUCCAGGUAAUACACUUUCUUCACCACUUUUCUUCCGGUGAAGGGCAAAAGGGUUUGAUCUUUGUAAGAUUUGUUAAAAUAUUUUUGUGUUUAUAAGAAGAAAGCUGACAUGUAUAAAGAAAUAAGUGCUUUUGUAAAUUUUUUUUGUGGUAUGAUUCAGCAUUUAAAUGUUUUACAGAUGCAGUUUUUUGCACUCUCUCUGCAUAUAUUCAUAAAAAUUAUAUUUAUUUUCUGUCUUUAAGGUUUACUUUGGGUUUUUUUUUCUUCUGAUGUUAUAAAAUGCAAUAUGUGCAACAUUAAAAAAUCAAUGUAGACAUAGUCUCAUUUUGUUGUAAUCUUCAACUGCCUUUAAAAAGAUAACAGAACAUUUAUGGAAAGAAUUUGAAUACAUCAGAUGUGCUUAAUGGAAAUUUUGAGGAUAAAAGAAGGUAAAAAAGCUUGAA